CUUUAGCGGAGCUAUAGCAGACAAAACUCGGGUGUCAAAGACCAUAUCAACAACAACUACUACAACAACAGUCGACAAUAAACAAGUUCAGCUCACGUUUUAAGUGACAAAAGACAGGCUGUCUGCUCUGAACUAACAAAAGAUCAAAAGAAAAUAAUCUGCAUAAAUUCAUCACAGCAGCUAUUCAGCCACCCAUCCAUUAGCGUUGUGUAUAUCGCCGCAGAUUAAAAAGUGUGAGAUUUUUUGGGUGGAUUUUUCCUUUGCGAAAAUUUUCCUAUUGUCGAGCUCCAACCCCGCUACCACCACUCAUUAUUAUCAACGCCACCAUCAGCCACCGCCGCCGCACAUCAUCAUCAUGAGCUGUAGUUCAAGUCUGGCUUUUAAAAUCAACAACCCCGUCUGAAAUUUCACUUAGAAGACAUUAAACCGUGCAACCAUUAACAACACCUCCAUUGAGGAAGAUCAAUAGCGGACUUGUAACCCCAGAAUAAAAAAGAAAGAAAAAAUCUACUAGACCUGCCAUCACCACCAACCGUCACCACCACAUCAUCUCUCUAUAUCUCCCUGGACUAUGGACACUUCAUAUGUUAAAUCGUCAAAUGCCAAACGUUUCGUCAUCGAAGAUUCGAUUACCAAAGUGACUUCGGAUGGCGAACCCCAUGAAAUGAUGACCAUGAUUGCGGGGCUCUCAGGAGUCCUGGCAGCUGUGGUCAUACUAACCGUAUUGAUAUUUUUGGUGGCCUGUAAGAAAUCCAAUAAGAAACACGAAUGUGAUAAAUGUUCUGAAACUGGUUCCACAAGUGGCGCCUCGCGUAAACGAUCAUCGACCCUAAGUGAGGGCGUUUUAAUACUGGAUGGCCAAAGCAAAUGUUCAUCGAUUGCCACAAUUUAUGAAUGUGAUGGCAAGGGAGCCAUCUGCAAAACAGGACGUUCCGCUUCCUCUCCCAUUAUACACAAAUGUGGAAAUCUACAAAGUAAUCUCAAUAAGGCCUUUGAGGGUAGUGAACUCAGUCUACAGGGUAGUUUGGAUGGGGCAAAGAAACCCAAACGUACCCAUUGGCAGGAUGAGGUGGAGAAGACACAGCAUGAGACAACCAUUGAAAUUGAACGUUAUUAAAAUUAGGAGGAGGAGGAGAAGGAAAAAGGAGUAUUUGUAAAAUAUGACAGGCUAAUGCUGGAGCACAGAAUCUAAAAAAGGAAGUGCAAUUUUUGUUGCAUUUCUCUUUUUUAUGGUUUUUGGUGACAAUUUAUAUAAAAUCAAAAAAAAUAUUGAAAAUAUGUAAACGAGAAGACUGAACGGAACACGGAAGGCGAUUGCAGGUUGACGUCUGAUGAUGAUUUCGUCUUUAGAUUUAAGGAUUGUUGUGGCCCUAAAACAGGAACCGCAUGUUACAAAAAAAGGAAACAACAAAAGUAUAUUUGUUAUUAUUAUUUUUUAAUAUUUAAAUAUAAAUAACACUUGUAAUUUUAAUGG